AGGAGUUCCCCAUCGAAAUAUGUAUGACACGCAGGCGCGCGCGUCAGAUGUGGCUCAUCCGCGAAAACUGAGUGGGAGAUCGGCUGAGUGGCUGUUGGCUUUACACUAAGAUGUCAGCGGCGGCUUCUCUGCAGUGAGCACUUUGAGGUUAUGCUGCCUGUAAACUCCUGCCUGAGUCUCAGCGAGAAAGAGAAAGGCUAAAGGCUGUGCGGAAACGAGUGUUGUUCAGCGUGUUCACAGCGUCCUGACGGCAGCCAUGACUGACCCCGUGACUUCAGACCAACUCACCAACGCUGUGGAUUCAGUCGUUCACAAUCCUGAGUCUUCAUCCUCACCUGUCCGUGUGCCACAGAGGGAGGAAGAGGAGGAAGAUGACCUGAACAAAUCAUUAGGGGUUCAGCGCUUCCAGCAGAUCCUCAGUCCCACUGCCAGAGUUCCCGGCGAUCAGCACCGCUCCUACAAUGAAGAAGACUUUGAGUAUCACCGUCAGUCCUCCCAUCACAUCCAUCAUCCUCUAUCCAAACUCCCGGGAGACAACAGGAGGAAGAAGAGCGGGAGGAAGAGGAGACGGAGCAGCAGCAAAGCCCACAAAGUGUGUUCAAGCCCCAGCGGUGCUCUGGCCAUCGAGGAAGGUGAAGAUGAGGAGGAAGAGGAGGAAGAAGAGUCUGCAGAAAACCAGUGUGUCACUCCAGCACUGACAACAGACAAUGAGAGAAAAGACAAUGUUCAGUUCUUUGUGUCAGAUGAUGACCCUCAUGUUUCUACCACUGAGACGUCAGAUCCUGUUCCAACAAGAGGAAUAUUGAUUGUGCCGACGUCUGCGGUGUGUUCAGAGCCUCAGGACAGCACAUCCACAGAAGCGUCUGAAGCGGCUCCUGUGUCCCCGAGCGCUGCUGACCACGGCUCUAUUCCCCGUGUGUCGAGUCGCAGCUACGACCUGCAGGAAAGAAGGCGAACAGGCAAUAUGACAGGGACAGAACAGGCCAAAUACCAGCGCAUUCCCACUGAUGAAUACGAGGCACGCACCCUCGCCUCCGCCGACCUGGAUGGCAUUAAAAGUCAUCGUUUUGAAGAUGUUCCUGGAGUACGUCGACACCUGGUCAGGAAAAGCACGAAGGGUCAAAUGGUUCACAUCAGUAAAGAUCACAAAGAGCGCAGCACUCGCUCUCGCAAACUGGACCGGACACCGCACGAGGUGUUCGUGGAGCUCAAUGAGUUGAUCAUGGAUAAGAACCAGGAGAUGCAGUGGAGAGAAACCGCACGCUGGAUUAAGUUUGAAGAGGAUGUGGAGGAGGAGACGGACCGCUGGGGGAAACCACACGUGGCCUCGCUGUCGUUUCGCAGCCUGCUGGAGCUCAGGAAAACCAUCGCUCAUGGGGCUGUGCUUUUGGACCUGGAUCAGAAAACCUUACCUGGCAUUUCUCAUCAGGUGGUGGAGCAGAUGAUCAUCUCAGACCAGAUCAAAGCUGAGGACCGAGCAAAUGUCCUCCGCGCGCUCCUGCUCAAGCACAGUCACCCGAGCGAUGAGAAAGAGCACAUCACCUCCUUCCCCAGAAACAUCUCUGCAGCCAGCCUGGGCUCUUUGAUCAGCCACCACCAGAGCAGCUCCAACCAUCUGACCAUCCCCGAGGCCUCCGUCAUGGAGCCGCUCAUGGGCUCCAGCAGGGCCAGUCAGGACAGCACCGUCCACAUCGACAUCGACAAGAACGAGAAAGACUCUGCUACACCUAUAGGCAUGCACAGAUCCAAAUCCAAACAUGAACUUAAGCUUCUGGAGAAAAUCCCGGAAAACGCUGAAGCCACUGUUGUACUCGUUGGCAGUGUUGACUUCCUGGAGCAGCCGACCAUGGCUUUUGUUCGCCUCCAGGAGGCUGUAGAGCUGGAUUCGGUGCUGGAAGUGCCGGUUCCUGUGCGGUUCCUCUUUGUCUUGCUCGGUCCUCCCAGCACCAACAUGGACUACCACCAGAUCGGACGCUCCAUUUCCACACUCAUGUCCGACAAGCAAUUUCAUGAAGCUGCGUACCUGGCUGAUGACCGUCAGGAUCUGCUGAACGCCAUUAAUGGGUUCCUGGACUGCAGUAUUGUUCUUCCUCCAUCAGAAUUGGGUGGAGAAGAUCUCCUGCGCUCUGUUGCUCAUUUCCAAAGAGAGAUGCUCCGCAAGAGAGAGGAGCAGGAGGUGGCCCUGAUGGCCAAAGAGCCCAAGAGUCUCCAGGAGAAAGAAGCCUUGCUGGCACCCUUUAAACCAGAGGACGACCCUUUAAAACGCACUGGUCGUCUGUUUGGUGGCCUGAUCCGGGAUGCCCAGCGCCGUUACCCAAAAUACAUCAGUGACUUCAGGGAUGCGCUGAACCCCCAGUGCAUGGCUGCAGUCAUCUUCAUCUAUUUCGCUGCUCUUUCUCCUGCCAUCACGUUUGGAGGACUUCUGGGUGAGAAGACUGACGGGCUGCUCGGUGUGUCGGAGCUGAUCGUGGCCACAUGUGUUCAGGGUGUGUUGUUCUGUCUGCUCGGUGCUCAGCCUCUGCUCAUUGUGGGCUUUUCUGGACCACUGCUGGUGUUUGAAGAAGCCUUCUUCUCGUUCUGUAAGGGCAAUAAUAUGGAGUACCUGGCGGGCCGGGUCUGGAUUGGUUUUUGGCUCAUCAUCAUCGUGGUGGUGAUGGUGGCAUUUGAGGGAAGUUUCAUGGUCCGAUUUGUCUCUCGUUUUACCCAAGAGAUCUUCUCCUUCCUCAUCUCGCUCAUCUUCAUCUACGAGACCUUCUCAAAGCUGGCCAAGAUUUUCCAGGAGCAUCCUCUGAAACGCUGCUCUGCUGGGCUUGUGGAUGUCAGAAACUCCUCUCUGAACUCCAGCAUGGAUGAAGUGACUGAAAGUCCAUUAGCAUCGACGAACAGUAGCUCACAGGAGGUGCUGAAGGUGGUAGGAGAACCAAACACUGCUCUGUUGUCAUUAGUGCUCAUGUCUGGCACCUUCCUUAUCGCUUUUUACCUGCGCAAGUUCAAGAACAGCGCCUUCUUUCCCGGAAGAUUAAGGAGAGUUAUUGGAGAUUUUGGAGUUCCUAUUGCUAUUCUUAUCAUGGUUCUGGUGGAUUACAGUGUUAAAGACACAUACACACAGAAACUAAGUGUACCCCGAGGUUUUUCAGUCACUAGUCCUGAUAAGCGAGGCUGGAUAAUCAAUCCUUUGGGCUCGGAUGGUCAGUUUCCCAUCUGGAUGAUGUUUGCCAGCAUUCUUCCAGCUCUGCUCGUCUUCAUUCUCAUCUUUAUGGAGACACAAAUCACCACGCUGAUAGUCAGCAAGAAAGAGCGCAUGCUGGUCAAGGGUUCUGGUUUCCAUCUGGAUCUGUUGCUCAUCGUGACUCUGGGUGGCACUAGUGCGCUGUUUGGUCUGCCCUGGAUGGCUGCGGCCACAGUGCGCUCUGUCACCCAUGCAAAUGCACUCACUGUGAUGAGUAAAGCAGUCGCUCCUGGAGACAAGCCUCGAAUCCAGGAGGUCAAGGAGCAGAGGGUGACCGGGUUACUGGUAGCCAUACUUGUAGGUCUGUCAAUAGUAAUUGGUGAUCUGCUCCGGCAAAUCCCCAUUGCUGUGCUGUUCGGCAUCUUCCUCUACAUGGGUGUGAUGUCACUGAAUGGCAUCCAGAUGACCGAACGGAUCCUGCUUCUGCUGAUGCCUCCAAAAUACCACCCUGACCACACAUACGUGCGCAAGGUGCGGACGCUGCGGAUGCAUCUGUUCACAGCCAUUCAGGUGGUUUGUUUGGCCGUCCUCUGGGCCGUCAUGUCCACAGUGGCAUCGCUGGCUUUCCCCUUUGUUCUCAUCAUGACCGUCCCCGUCAAGAUGUUUCUUCUGCCACGCAUCUUUAGCAAUCGUGAAAUGCAGUGUUUGGACGCUGAUGACGCAGAGCCCACUUUUGACGAGAAGGAAGGACAGGAUGAAUACACAGAGAUGCAAAUGCCAGUCUAAUGCCGCACAUCUUUCUCUCAAUCACACUAUUGGCCAACAGUACGGCUGCUUUUCCAAAAACCAAAUCUUCAUUGAGCCUGACGUGCGGUGGAGGUGAGAGCGUUACAUGUACAUGGACCUGAUCUCCACUUUGCAUUCCCACAGACUCAUUGCAUUGGUAUUAGAGCGUUUGAGCUGCUAUCAACACCGUCUAGCCUUAACCUAGCGUAUUUAUCAUCUGUGAGAACAACUGAAUGUAUCCUAUUGGGGGUUAACUGGACGUUCUCAGCACCAUUCAGGGCCCAUGCAAUAUUAUAUUUGUUCUUUUUAAGUGAACGUUUAUGAUCAAGAAAGACUGCCAAUGUCCAUUUCAUCCUAUACUGUGGUUUUAAUAGUUUUAAUUUAACUUUUUGGACUUUCAAAGAUCAUCCAGGAUGCUUUAAUUGACACAAUCAACAGUAUUUUUGGUUCUGUUGCCAUCAAAUCAUGAACUACUUUUUUAUAAUGCCAGAAAGUCAUGUGUACAUGCUAAACUCUUAGAUGAACUGUAGAUGUACGGUUGUAGUUUUAUUAUUGGGCUGUUACACUGAACUCCAUUUGAGAAAGUGGUUUUGAAAGGUUUUAAAAUGAGUUUUAGCUUGCACUUUAGUCUUAAAACCUAUUUUAAAUAGUCAGUUCAUUGAAUAAUGGAAGUUUGCCAGUCAUUUACUCAUCCUCGGGGCAUCUAAGAAGUUGCCGGCUUUUAUUUUUCUUCAUUUAGAGAACUGAGAAUCUUUAAUAAAGGUAAUAUUUAGCUCAAACUGUGAUUCUUGGCGAUGCAAGUCAGCUUUUGAGAGUCCAGAAAAAGGUUGUGGCUCCUGACAUUGAGGUCUAGUUCAGUGUUUCCCAACCCUGUUCCUGGAGGCACCCUAACAGUACAUAUUUUGGAUGUCUCCCUCAUCUGAACCAUUCAUUCCAGGUUUUGGAGUCUCUUCUAAUGUUCUGAUGAGUUGAUUCAGGUGUGUUUGAAUAGGAAGAGGUUGGAAAAUGUGUACUGUUGGUGUACUUUCAGGAACAGGGUUAGGAAAUACUGGUCUAGUUCAGUUUUUCUCAAUCACGUUCCUUGAGGACCACCAACAAGGCAUGUUUUGGAAGUCCCCUUUGUCUGUCACCUCCAUUACACGUCUUUCAGUCUCUGCUAAUGAGCUGAUGAUCUCAAUCAGAUGUGUUUGGUUGGAGACAUGGAAAAUGUGUAAUGUUGGUGCGUCUUUAGGAACAGGGUUGGGGAACACAUCUAGUUCACCCAAAAUAACUAAAUGACCUCAUAUUUUACUCAUCCUCAUGGUGUAUAUGACUUUCUUCUGUAAGAUAAACGCAGUCAGAGUAGAUUUAAAAUGAAUCCUGACUCUUCAGUGCUUCAUAAUGUGGUUGGAUAGUGCCCGUUUUUUUUAAGCUUCCAAACGCAUGUAGAUGUUUCAUAAAACAAAUCCAUACACCAAAAAUGGGGUUAACACGUUUAAUGAAGUGGACUAGUGUGUUUGUGUAACAAAAAGAAUCAUUUUUAAAAUUAUAAACCCAAAUCACUGACUUUAGAUACUGUCGAAUGAGCGUUCUCAACAAUUUCUCAGCUGAUGUGACUUGAUGUAAAACGCAUUCACCGCAGAAACUCUGGGGAAUAGACUCGUCUCGUGUUUUACGGUUAUACAGUGACAUUCUUAAGCUGUUUAUUUAUUUUAAUGUCAUCAUUGUCUUCUGUGGUAAACAAAUUGUGGUAAGUGGUUCCUUCGAAACACGUCUAUUCAUUAUUAUUCAGAAGUCAGUGAUUUUGAGUUUCUAGUUAACAAAUGUGAAAUAUGUUUGUUACAAAAAACACACUAAACUCAAAUCACUGACGUCCAAUGGCUGUCGAAUGAGCAUUCUCAACAAUUUCUUAGCUCAUCUUUGAGUAGAUGUAAGACGUAUUCGCCACAGAAAGUCUCUUCUUAUGUUAUACAGUAAUAUACACCAAACCAUUAUUUUUCUUGUUCAUCAUUGUCUUCUCCGGUAAACAAACCAUGGCAAGUGGUUCCUGCGAGGUGCGUCUAUUAUUGUUCAGAAUUCAGUGAUUGAUGACACAUUUUUGUUACAAAAACACACUGAUCUGCUUUAUAAGAUAUGAAUUAACCCCUUGGUGGUGUAUGGGUUAUUUUUUUACAAUAGAUUCAUGUGCUUUUGGAUGCUUUAAAAAAAAAAGGACCACUAUCCAACACCAUUAUAGAGCAUAAGUAAAACGGAAAGCUACUACAACUGUGUUUGUAUAAAAGAAGAACGUCUAUGAAGUAUAACUAUCAAUAAUAUAUCUACAUCUACCAUCUAGUUCACCCAAAAAAUUUGAAUUGCAUCAUAAUUUACUCAUCCUCAAGCCAUCCAUGGUUUAUAUAGCUUUCUUCUGUCAGACACACAGUCGGAGCUCUUUAAUGCUCUGUAAUAGUGUUAUAUAAUAGUGUUAAUAGCCGUUGUUUUUUUAAGCUUUCAAACACGUGUAAAUUUUUCGUUAAAAACUAACCCAUACACCACUAAGCGGAAUAGCACGGGUCGUAUGAAGUAGACUGAUGUGUUUUUGUAACAAAAUGACAUCAAAUUGUCAAAUUAUGAACUCAAAUCACUGACUUCCAAUGGCUGCUGAAUGAGCAUUUGCAACUAUUUCUUUGCUGAUUUUCGAGUAGACGUGAGACGUAUUCGCCACAGAAGCUUCUUGUGUUAUACAGUAACACCAAACCAUUAUUUUUAUUGUUCGUCAUUGUCUUCUCCAGUAAACAAGCUAUAAUAAGUGGUUCCUGUGAGACGCGUCUAUAUAUUAUUAUUCAGAAGUCAGUGAUUUGAGUUUCUAGUUUAAACAUGUGAAAUAUGUUUGUUACAAAAACACACUGAUCUGCUUUAUAAGAUAUGAACGAACCCCUUGGUGGUGUAUGGGUUAUUUUAUUACAAUGAAUUCAUGGACUUUUGGAUGCUUUAAAAAAAGGGCCACUAUCAAACACCAUUAUAGAGCACAGCAGGAAUAAAAUAUAAAACUACUACUGUGCUUGUAUAAAAGAAGAUUGGAUGGCUGUCAAAUGAGCAUUCUUGGCUAUUUCUUGGCUGAUCUUUGAGUAGACGUAAGACGUAUUCGCCACAGAAACAGUCCCUUCUUGUGUUUAACAGUAACACCAACCCAUUAUUUUUCUUGUUUAUCGUCUUUUCCGGUAAACAAGCCAUGGUAAGCGUUUCUUGCAGGACUCGUCUAUACAUUAUUCAGUUUCUAGUUUACAAAUGUGAAAUAUUUUAGUUACAAAAACACACUAAUCUGCUUUAUAAGAUAUGAACGAACCCCUUGGUGGUGUAUGGGUUAUUUUUAACAAUGAAUUCAAGCACUUUCGGAUGCUUCCAAAAAUACUACGACAGUGUUUGUAUAAAAGAAGAAAGUUUAUAACAGUGUUUCCCAACCUUUUUCCUGGAGGCACAUUGACAGUACGUAUUUUGUACGUCUCCCUUAUCUGACCCAUUAACUUCAGGUUUUAGAGUCUCUUCUAAUGUUCUGAUGAGUUGAUUCAGGCGUGUUUGAUUAGGAAGAGGUAGAAAAUGUGUACUGUUGGUGUGCCUUCAGGAACAGGGUUGGGAAACACUGGUCUAUAAAGUAUCAGUAAAUCUAUCUGUAAUACAUCAACAUUACUAUAUAAUAUAUCUCUAUAUCUACUAUCUAUAAAGUCAAGUAUAGCUUGAGGGUGAGUAAAUAAAUGGGUUAUUUCAAAUAUUGGGGUGAACUAUUCCAUUAAGAAGCGAAAAUAUCAGUCUACGCAACAAACAAAAAAUAAUGAACAUCAUUUUACAACAUUUAACGUUGUCUCAAAUCUCCAAUCGCAUGGUAUUGAAUGAAUCACGAUUUCAGCUAAAAAUGCUCUUUAAAUCUCUAGUGAAGAAAGAGAGUCGCAUGUUUUAUGACGAGUAAAUUAUCAGCAGAUUUUGACUUGCGACAUUGACUCAUUGUGUCAUGGUUUGUUUAAAACUACUAAUCAUGCGAAUCUAAUAAACGACCAUAUUUUCUACCACAUUUUUAAUGGUUUUUCCCACAUUGUUGAGUUGACACUAAGAUCAAUGCCUGUUCUUGUCCGCAAAAACACUGAAUAUUGGGUUUAAUUGACUAAUUAUUUAUUUAACCAUAUUAUUUAUGUCCGUUCAUGAGGGGUUUCACCACACAAGUCCUCAUUAAUUUCACUACUUCUCACUAAUAUCAAUAUUUUGAUCGCUUACAGUCUGUUAGAUUGGGGAAUCUGCACUAGAUUGGAUUACUGCACAUUAGGUUCAAUUGGAAUAGUUUUGUGCACACAAGCUAUUGGGAAUAACAUGUAACACAUCUGGUAACGGUUAUAUAACUCUGUUAUUUUAGGUUUUAUGUAAUAUUGUGCUUUUUUGUCCUAGUCUCUGGAUUUUAUCAAACCAUUUGUGCUUUAAAUGACAAAAACAAGUGCUUUAGCUCAUUCGGGCGCUUAUUUACAUUCCAGAAUCGGAUGCGUGUUAGGAUGUUUUAAUUAUAGGAAGUUAUCAUGUCCGUUUUCUAUUAUGUAUGUGCUAACUAAUGACAAUUAAGUUGCGUAGAGGUUAUUUUUAUCAUAUGAGGAAUGGAUAGAUGCUUUAUGUCGUCGUUUGAGCGUGAUUGACUAGAGAAUAUUUUUAUAAAAUGUUGUUUAGUACAUCAGCACAUUGUACUGUCACGGUUCUUUAUCUUUGACAUUCCCAUCUGCCCGCGUUUGUGUUUUUAGACACGUUUAGGCCUGCAGAACUCUGGGAAAUCAGGAUCUGUUGUGUGUGGAAAACUCACAGCACUUGUUUGUUGUAGGUGGUAUUUGUUUUGGGGGGGUGUUCGUGAACGUUAGUGUCAGAUUAUUGUGGUGAUAUCGGUUACAAAGGUAUGACCUGGUGGUUGGCAAAGGGAAGCGAGGGUCGUUUACCAUCUCUGCAUAUUUUUAAUGCAUUUUAUUUUGAUGUGUUUGGUUGUUGGAUAUUUGAUUUUAAAAUAUUCCUCUGUACAUAAUGCAAUAUUUACAGCAAAUUACAGAUAUUGUUAAAUAAAGUUGAUUUUUCUAUUGAAA